UGCUCGAGAGGUGGCGUACCUGUCUGGGGGAAGACUUCUGUCCGGCGAUAACGCGCCGCACAGGUAGCCAGGAAAUUCACGCGUUUAUCAGAGAAAUAUCUCCAGAAUGUGAAAUACGUCACCCACAGUGCUACAGAUAGAUGUCGGGAUCAUUAGAGUGAGGCUGUUGUUUCUAUAACCUGAGAGCUGCGCUGAGCAGUUCCGGGGAAGUGGCUACCCCAUUCAUCCGGGUUCUUCUGCAGGAGACGAGAACAUUCUUAAAGUUUCAUAUUGCGCCUUGGCAAGAUGAAGCGAAGAUGUAUAUCUAAAAACACUCUUGUGAUAUAUUUGGCUUGCCGGCGGUAGCAGCUACCAAGAGCGGUAUGAAGCACUGAAACUCUCAUUUCACACGGAAUGGACGCGGUUCAAGCAUCUCAGUUUGGUGACCGACUGAGGUCAUGUCUCCUGGCAACCUACAAGCGCCAUCGGGAGUCACGUGAUGGGAGGUCAUGUGACCUGGAAAGACAAUUGCCACUUCGGGAACCCUUUUUCCAAAUAAAAAGAGUUCCCAGGUUUAAAGUGCGGAAUGAUCUGCACACGUCACUCUGGCCUGCGUACUAUCCGCUGACAAGACUUGAAACAGCGUCGAUUGAUGACCUGGUGUAUCCUCGUCCUUCCCGGAGCGUCAGUAUUCUGGUGGAGGGGGAUAUCGGUGUUGGCAAGACAACCAUCUGUCAACGUCUUCUGCAGCUUUGGGAGGUCAAGGUCGCGUGUCAACAGACGCAGUGUAUGAAGGCCACGAGCAGUUCCACUGUCAAGGACGUCCAUCUGCCGAACUUAAAGACCCCGCUGUACCUUGACUGUUCCAACGUCACGGAGGGUUCGUUUUCAUCCGUGAUGGACAGCAAGAGCCACAUCAGAUUCAUUGUCAAGACCGUGAAAGCCAUGCUGGGGGAUCAAGGUGGUGAGUUUCAGACCAAUGACAUGAGUGACUGGUUGACAAGUUGCUCGGGAGACGUUGAGAUAUACUUUGACAACGUGACCGUGUGUUCAGGGCUGAUCAAGGUCAUUGAGGCCACUCUAGAUUCCCACAAGACGGCGUUCGCCCGCGUUAUGGUGUUCACUGGCCCGAGCGUGAUUCACAAACAUCGGUUCGAUAACCUGUUCUACUGUUACGGAAUAAACCCGGAUUAUGGCUCACGAAUUCUCACGAGGCGUUUGCAGAAGAUGUGUGACUUUCCCGAGCACAAGGUGUCCAGUGUUGACCAAAUCAAGAUGGUGGAUCUUCAAGGGGAAUUCUUCCGAAACCCCCUAAUAAGUUCGCUACUUGCUGACUUUUGUAAAACCGGAUAUGACGUCAUCCCUAACAACAAGACGGACUUGAUCCAGUGUCUCCUUCACCACAGCUUCCGGUCACUAGAUGGCGUUUUACAAGAGAAGGGAACAGGGGGUGAUUUAGAACGGAUUAUCGUGUGCUUGCGUCAACAAGCAUACGAAGGCUUGUACAGAGGGACACACUAUUUCAACAAGUCAGUGCUCGCGGAGUCCGUCCAACCUCUCCACCUCUGUGACUUGAGAAUAAUCCGAGACAUUCACGAAACUGGAGAUCAGAACGAGUCGGCUUCAACCAGUGAUAUGUUUGCUUACAGCUCCAGAGGUUUCCGCGACUUCCUGGCCUCUGCGCAUGUCUGCCAUCUGUUGGUAAAUCCAACCAUCUCGGAAAGUCUCCUACCAAAUCUCCUCCAGGACAGAGUGUUCGAGAGUCUGUGCGGGUACUGCUGCAGACAGCUCAGCGUGUCGGGUCACAUCGCGGUCCUCAAGACGCUUGUUGAAACAAUGAUGGAGAGGUCCAAGCUGCAGUACGUGACGAUGCUAGGUCACGAUCAGCUCGUGACACGCGGUACCCUCUGUGACGUCAGCAGGGUUCUAGUGUGUCUCAGACAAACAGAUUUUCAAGAGGAUGUGUGCAAACUCGCAGCCCAAAAUUUUCCAACGAUAUUAGAAUUUUCUUUGGAGGACAGCGUCUGUUCGGUUCUUCAAGACAUGAUCCACAUGAUGGCGCGUUACGAGCUCUCAACACAUGGAAUCGUCAUUCACAUGGACAAAAUGUUCACACAGUCCAGCCUCGGUAUCAGUUUGGCACGUGCUCUGAAUUGUAUGACGUCUUUAACAACGUUGAUGCUGCGGGCGACGUUUGUCGCCGACACAACGUUUUUGGUACAUUUCCUCUGUGAGACAUUCCAAGGUAACACCCAUGUGAAAAACUUCACUUUAGGAGGACCUUUCAACUCGGCCGAGAAUCUCUCCCACGCGUUACACAGACGGGUAGCGUCGACGUUCACAACAGCCAUAGCGCUUAAAACGCUGACAAUAGAAAAUUGCAGCCACAUGCACCGGAUCGCCUAUGUGAUUGGCUGCUGGCCCAACAUCUUCCACAGACUCGAGGUCAGGAGGUGUAACCUUGAAGCGGCUGGGUCAGAGGUUAUCAUCAAAUUAAAAGGUCAAGGUGAUUUUUAUCAUCUCCGAUUAGAAAACUGUUACAUUCCGAGCGCAAAGUUACACGAUGUCCUGAAGUGCGCACAAAUGUGCAAGAAAUUGCAAGUAGUGAGCCUCAAUCUCCUGUCCGCUAAAAAAAGCUUUUCUGUUAUGGAUACCCAUAGGGGAACCUUCCUCCCCGCCAUCGACGCUAGGGCGUGCUCCCUCCUGCAUGAGCUGAUAGUCUCAAGCCCACUUCUCGAAGAAGUCACGGUCUGCCACGCGGGACUUGAUGACGUCAAAGCUGGUGUUAUUAUAGGAGCAGUGUUGCAGAGCGUGUGUCUGAAGGUGGUUGACCUCAGCGGGAACCUCAUAACAGAUGACGUCACGAAAGAUGUGAUUGACGUCAUCAAAACUGUGAAAUCUUUGAGGGGUCUUAUGUUAAACAACAACUCGUUCUCUCCAGAGGGUCGCAAGAGCGUUGUCCGCGCGACUAGUGACGUCACGGAGCUCAAGCUUAGCAUGUGAGGGGGCAAUACUUAGAGCUAUUCUGUGCACAGGGUCGCCCUCAAACCCAGACUUCCUUGCGGUCAACCUAGUACCUCUGCUACAGACCAGAGAUAUGUGACGAAUCGUUACAUUUUACACAGUCCAUUCAAAAAAAUACAUGUGAUGUUCAUCUAUUCCAUUUUUGAAUAUUCGACACAUUUGAAUGUAGAUAUGUCAUGAAAUCGUCAAUUUCGCUGAGAAAAGUUCCUAAAAUGUGAAAAACUAUUUCAAUUUGCGUAUUUAUCCUUUGUUUACAAUAUUUGUACGAUUCCACGUGCAGACAUUGAAGCCCUAAGGAGAGCUAGCGAUAGGGUCACUGUGUAUUGAUAUGUUGUCAUCCACCCCACUGUCGCAGUUGUAGUCGCGUAUUUAUGCAAAACAAGUUGUAAAUGGCAUUGAAAGGCUUCCACGGACUCAUUCGUGACCAACUCGUGUUAUUCCGGGACAAGACGAAUAGCGACUCGUGCCCCUCUCGUGGCCAUUUUUGCAACCGGGUUCCGUCUUAGCGCAAACGGGCAUACCUAAAACAAUUGUCAACUCGUUGCGCAAUGGUUCACAUAUAUUUCCCUAUAUAUUAUUUAUAUUUCAGAUGCAAUUUAAAGCACGUCAGGACAUGCAGAAUUAUACAGUAUGAUUGGACACAUUUAUCUGUGUCUUGGGUGUAUUUUUAGAUGCAAGACAUAUGUAAAAACAGAAAGUAUUUCUGAGGGAUUCUUUGACGAAGAACUUGAAAUCAUACGCGCAUUCUGAUUGGUCUGUCGUAUUUUCGCACAUAACAUUCAUCGAUAAGGGGACGCGUGUUCUUGCAGGUUACGGAAAGGGGCGAGUGGUGACGAAUGCCACGGACUGCUAUGAUUUCGGAAUACGCACGUUUAUUUACAAACAAGAAAGAAUCAGGUCACGUGAUAUUCAAAUUAACUUAUGGCGGUGGUGUGAUGCUGACUCAUCACUGUGUGAUGCAGACUGUGUCUGUGCAGGCUUGCUACAGAGCUAGCUAUACAUCAGAAAUAAACCUUGACAAAAUUA